CGUUACUUCCCAAAAUGGCCACCGCCGCUGCUUCUGCUUGCGCCGUCACAAUGAUCGGGCUGCUUCAUUCAUUUCGGAAAUACCUUCAUAAGCCUCCAGUCACGUUACCCUCUUCUCGGGAAAAUUUGCUUCAGCCUCCAGUCAAGUUACCCUGCUCUCCAUUUCAUCCUUCUAGCAUUUAUUUCAAUUCUCCCACCUCCAAAUAUCCUUUCUUUCCGAUAGCUGUCCGACCCUUGAUCACUAACCGAAACCCCUCUUCCAUUACUAUCCCACCCAAGGCUAAACAUGGAUCAUCCCGCAAGGUGAAUAUCAGAUGCAGAUUCGGGGGUAAGCUCAUGCCACGCCUUAGCGAUGGUGCUCUACACUACGUGGGCGGACGAACACUUAUAACAGACUUCCGCCGAGAUUUGACACUACAGGAGCUCUACUGCAAAAUGGAAGAAAUCUAUGGCGGACCUGCUAACAUAUGCUACAAGCUUCCUAAUCAAAACCUUGACAGACUCGUCUCCAUUUCAUCUGCAGAAAAUUUGGACAAUAUGUUGAACAAUUAUGAC